AAUUGACAUCAUUUAUUUGUCUUCCACACUGGACUGCGAUAAUGGGCCAUGGACUAUUACUCGAAAGUGUGUCAAUAUUCUUGUGUUGGAACAUUAAUAAUGCGCAAAGGGGAAUUUACUAUGUUUUCAAUUCAUUUUGCACUCUCUUUUACAAGGACAACUUCUGAAUUCUGAAAAAAGAAAGUAAGAGUUCCAAUCAAAUUGAUUUUAAAUAGGAAAGUUUCGAUGUGUCUGUUGCAAUGUUCUGUUUUGGGUUAUUGAGUAAUAUAAAUAUAAUUAACUAUAUUUGUGUUGAGUUGUGCUUAAAAAGAGUGGAACAAUGUGAAGAAUAACCAUAGCAACCAUGGAACACAUCAACAAACGCGGCAAAUUAUCUACCUGAAGAUGGCUACUAUGUGUAAGCCCAGGGUAGGUGGUGGGGUGGUGCUGGUGCGGCGGGUGGUGAAGGCUCCGCCGGACAGCGACAUGUUCCAGGCGGCCACCUCCGGGGACCGUGACUGGCUGCGCCUCAGCCUGAAGCGGGCGCUGUUCCCAACGCAGCUCGACAAACAGGGUCUGACGGUGCUCCACGUGGCCAGCCUACAUGGGCAGUUGGAGUGUAUGAAGCUGCUGUUGACAUCCCAAGUGGUGGACAUAAAUGCCAGCUGCCCCCUGGGCCGCAGACCCAUCCACAUGGUCCUCACUGUCCAGAGCAGACCCCACUCCCAUGCCUGCCUCACCUACCUACUGGAGCACGGAGCCCUGCCAAACGUAGCCACUGACACAGGGUUGACGCCCCUCCACCUGGCUGCCACCGAGGGCCUGUGGGAGUGCACCGAGACUCUAGUGCAGGUGGGGGCAGACACUGGUGCACGAGACAACAGAGGACACACACCUCUAGACCUGGCACGCAUCUGGUGCCACAGAAGGAUUGCCAGGUUUCUGAAGGACUCUAUGUGGCAGAGCGAGAAGAAGAGAGAGAUGGAGAGACGCAGGGCGCUGCAGAACCUUCAGCAGGACCUGUUCAACAUGCACAGGAGGGCCGAGAGCAUAGAGAAGGUGGCGAGACAGAAGUUGAUGGAAGAGAAGGUCACGGCGUGGGCCAAUAAGAAAGGCCUCCCCCUCCUCUGGGCCCAGCCUAGGGCCACGUGGAACCAGGCUCACGCCCACUGCCUCUCCCCAGACCAGAGGCCUCCCAGCCAGGGGCCACAAACCCAGAGGACCAAGGCCUGCCACAGGCAGCGUCCAGGGGCCCCGCCUCGGGAGGCCUGGAACAUCUCCCCCAACCCCUCCAAACCCCCGCCGGCCUCUGUCUCCCGGCCCCAGGGGGUGCGUCUGAGCAGCCAGCCCGAGAGGUCCCCUCCAGAGCCCGAUCUGAGGCGCAGCGUGACCCUCUGCAGGGCCCAUGGGGAUGGACGUCCCCAGUACACUGCCAAGUGGGACGGGUCCCCCCAGUCGGUCCCUAACCUGCCCUGGGAUGUCCUUCAGAGGGGGCUGUUCCCUGCUGCCUUCCCAUCAAGGAUCGCCUCGCCCAGCCACUUCCAGCCCAACCAUGUGCUGGAUCUGCCGCACCUCGGCUGCUCCCCAGGACCCAACACCUCUCCCUGGACAGAGGUGGCCAUGCACCUGGCUGAGGAGCUGGAGCCUGGCCACUACUGACUGGAUGGAGCGGGAGGUAGAAGCUGCCCCUAACCAAUGAUCCAGAGUCAGAUCUCUUUCAUCCCUCUAAUGGUUAAGGCUAGAAUGGCAGGUAGUGUAAUCUGAUCCUAGAUCUGUGAUUGGGGGCAACUUCUACCUUAAGAAGUGGUGAAGAGAUCCACUUUCUCCCAGUCUUACUGUACUGUAAUGGAGAGACACUGUACUGACUACUAUGUCACAAAGCAUCACAGGCUAUUGGACAGUGGUGUUCUGCACAACAUAACAGAUUUUGCAUAUCAGGAGUAUUAUUAUUAUUAUUAAAAGGUGUGAUAUUUGAGAAACAUUACUGGUGGCAUUAAUACUGUA